AGGGCGAUCACUCCAACAAACACUCUCUCAUUUUAUUUUUUCAGUGACGAAGACAAAGCACCACCACCACCAAACGUAUUAUUCUUCUAAUUUCUAAAACCCUAAAAUAAUAAAUCCCUUCGCCUUUAUUUCAAUCUCUUCUUCUUCUACUUCUUACCGAUUCUCUCGUGAUUUUUCUUAUCCUCUCUCUACCACCAACCAUGGCUUCUGCGACCGCCACGUGGACUCCUACCUCCCUCCAGCUCCGUCUCGCUUUGAGCUCCGGCGUUCGCCGUAAACCCAACGCCGUCUGCCUACGCCCCUCGCGGAUUGGUAGAAAAUCUGUUUGUGGAGUUGUCUGUUGCGUUUCGCAGAAGCCGGAAGUGGAGGCGUGGACUGGAUCGGAUUCGUCGAAUCCGCCAGCCGACGGUUUGGCUGGGUGGGCCGAUUCCGGUAACGGUAACGGUAACGGUAACGGUAACGGCAACAAGUCUUCUAGAGCUAAGAAGAAGAGUUUGAUUGAAGGUGUGGUUGGGGCUGGAGUUGCUGGUAUCGUUUUGUUUGCUGGGCUAAGCUUCGCGGUAGCGUCUUUUAACAAGCGUAAUCAUUCCAGACUCAAACCGGAAAUGCAGCCGUUGACUUCUCAGCAGGAAAGCGUGCUUAUUUCACCUAGUGAUGAAGCCAAGGUAGCUGACAGUGAGGAAAACAGUCUUAAGGACGAGGUUGAGAGUAUAGAAAACAGUGAUAUAGGCCCGCAAGGUGAUGAAGCGUCUGGUGAAGAUAAACUACUGGGUACUGAGGAUUCGUCAUUUGAUGGUAUCGUAUCUGAUGGAACAGAUGCCACUGAAAAUUUCACUUCCGAGACUACGCCUGAAGCAGAGCUGAAGCUCCAUGUUCAGUCGGAUCCUGACAUGCCAGAGAGUGAGAAAAUAAUUUCUGAAUCUGAGUCUAUAGAUUCACAAAAGAGUGGUAUUACUGGAGCGGAAAAUCCAGAAGAACCUGAUAGCCUUCCAGACACUGAACCAACCAAUGUGUCUGAUUUAGAUAAUCAAGCCGACAGUCAGAAAGAAUCUAUAGACUUGGAUUCAGCCACUGAGACUGUAGCUGUUGGCGUUUUGGUUGCCUCACAGUCAGAUUCGACUUCGGAUCCUCACACUGUGCCACUAAAUGCCACGGGGUCAGCAUUCUCGACUGUGACUGAGGAUCUUCCUGAGGUAAACGGAACACCUGAGGACUUGGCUGCGGAAAGUAUGUCAUCAAUCUCGGACGUAGAUACAGCGAAAGAAGUUGAAUCUUCAGAAACUCCUGUGUCAGAAUCAACAUAUUUGUCAAAAAAUGAACUUAGCGUGGAUAGUGAAGUCGAGCUUACCGACAAUGGACUUCUGGAAACAUCGAGUGGUGGAAGUGCAUUUUCUUCUGCAGGAAUUCCUGCACCUUCAGUAUCUUUUCAAGUGAAUCCUGGAAAGAUUCUUGUCCCUGCAGCUGCAGAUCAGGUCCAGUGUCAAGCAUUUGCUGCUCUGCAAGUUCUGAAGGUCAUUGAAACUGACACCAAACCUAGCGAUCUAUGUACUCGCAGAGAAUAUGCCAGGUGGCUGGUUUCUGCCAGCAGCGCAUUAUCUAGGAACACGACCUCAAAAGUGUAUCCUGCUAUGCAUAUAGAGAAUGUUACGGAGCUUGCUUUCGAUGACAUUACUCCUGAAGACCCUGAUUUUUCAUCCAUUCAAGGGUUGGCUGAAGCAGGACUUAUCACAAGCAAGCUUUCUAACCGCGAUUUGCUUAACGAUGUUGAAGGCACAUUCUUGUUUUCCCCUGAAAGCCUUCUUUCACGCCAGGAUCUUAUAAGCUGGAAAAUGGCCUUGGAGAAACGACAGCUUCCAGAAGCUGAUAAAAAGAUGCUGUAUGACCUCUCGGGUUUCAUUGAUAUCGAAAAGAUAAACCCAGAUGCAUGGCCUGCCAUCAUCGCCGAUUUAUCUACCGGAGAACAAGGAAUCGCUGCCCUUGCAUUUGGUUGUACAAGGUUGUUUCAGCCUCAUAAACCCGUCACUAAAGCUCAAGCUGCCAUUGCUCUCUCAAAUGGUGAGGCUUCUGACAUAGUCAUUGAAGAACUGGCACGCAUCGAAGCAGAAUCAAUGGCUGAAAAGGCCGUGUCUGCACAUAACGCCCUGGUUGCCGAGGUCGAAAAGGAUGUCAAUGCCAGCUUCGAGAAAGAGCUUUCCAUGGAACGAGAAAAGAUUGAAGCAGUUGAGAAAAUGGCAGAACAGGUGAAACUGGAGUUGGAGCAGCUGAGGGAGAAGAGAGAGGAAGAGAAUCUGGUGUUGGUGAAAGAACGAGCUGCAGUUGAGUCAGAAAUGGAGGUGCUCUCAAGGUUAAGACGUGAAGCUGAAGAGAAGCUGGAAGACUUGAUGAGCAACAAGGCAGAGAUAUCUUUCGAGAAGGAAAAGGUUUCCAGUCUUCGAAAAGAAGCUGAAGAAGAGAGCCAGCGGAUUUCAAAGUUGCAGUAUGAAUUGGAAGUAGAGCGUAAAGCACUCUCCAUGGCCAGAUCAUGGGCCGAGGAGGAAGGAAAGAGAGCUAGAGAGCAAGCUAGAGCUUUAGAAGAGGCUAGAAAGCGAUGGGAGACAAACGGACUAAGAGUUAUUGUUGACAAAGACCUUCAAGAGAAUGUAGAGACUGAACAAAGCGUACUGCUAAACACCGUAGAGCGAUCUUCCAUUGAAGGAACCGAGGAGAGAGCCCAAACCCUUAUGAAUAAGCUGACGGAGAUGGCAGAAUCCGUGGGUAAAAAGUCCCGGGAGGUGAUAUCCAUGGUGAUGGAGAAGAUACGUUUAUGGAUUACAGUCUUGAAGGAAUACGCUGAAAAUCUGGGGAAGCGAGCGGGAGAAAUGAGAGAGGCAGCCGUUGUUAAAGCAAAAGGAGCAGCAAAGGAGGUUGAGAAAGGGACGGUUCAGGUAGGCGAUAAGGUGAAGAGAAUGGCUGAGGAGUGUAGAGACGGAGUUGGGAAGAUCACUCAGAGGUUCAAGACCUAAGUGAAUUUCUUCAACUUGCUUUUUUGUUUUCUUGGAAUAAAAUAAAAAGAGAAUAAUGGGAUGUGGCCAUUAUACUAUAUACAGUAUCGGUCAGUGAUGACCAGAGAGUUAAAAACUGCAACAUUUUGUAAUCUUUGUUAUGUGCUUACUUACACUCUAGUGCAUUUACUA